AUGCGGUACCGUUCGAUGCCGAGUAUUUGCUAUAGACCAGCGGGUGAUACACGUUCUACUCUCACCCUUAACGACAAUCAGCUUAUGAGUCAUCAAAUCUUCCGUCGUGAUUCCCUGGAACUGUUCGAAACUUGGCGGGAAAUGCCGGUAGAGUUCAUGAUCCCUCCGCCUGUUGUAAGCCCACCAUCAUUUAUUCUCUUCCUGAAGAUUCUGAAGUGUACCAGAAGGUGGCGGAAGUGGCCUCUUUCCUAA